AUGGAAGGAAGUGAUGAACCUCAUCAGCCUAUCUCAGCAGGGAGGCAAGAAAUUCGAAAGAAAAGAAAACCCAGCCAACCAAUGGUAGACAAAUCUCAACAGACUGAAGUGACAGAGAAAAAGAUAUACUUGCCCUUACCACAAUCAUGUGACCUCGAAACUACCCUUAAUAUUAGUAACAUUCCUGGAAGCAAAGUCAACUCUGAGUCUGUUAGACUAUCUUCUCAGCUUCAGCAAACAUAGACAAAAAGGAAGCGUGUGCAACAUAUGACUGAUAUAUCUUUGCAGACAGACACUAUUGCAGAAGAGAACAAAGAAAUCAAAACAGUUGGUGCAACAGUGGUACCUGAAGAAAAGCCAGCUGUUGUUGGAGAAGCAGUUAAAAUGAUAAAAGGUACUCCAGUACUUUUAGAUAAGCAUGUCUUUCCAGGUGCAGGACAGGCUCCUAUGGCAGAAAAGAUCUCUGCUGAAGUGCAACCUCCACCAGCGAGAAGACUACAGCAGGCCCUUGCCAAAGUAGAGCCUACCUCUGCUGAAGAAUCACCUUCAGAAGAACCUCCCUCUGAAGUUCAUCCUCCAAUAGCUGAAGAGACUCCUGUUGAAAUACAGCCUUUCACGCUUGAAGAAACUUCUACAGAGAAGGCCCCUGCUGAAGUUCAGAUUUUACCAGCUAAGGAAAUCCCUGCAGAAGAUGCUAAACUAGUACCUACCCCUGCUGAAGAGGCUCUUUUGGAAGAGCCUUUGGCUUAUGUUAAGCCUCCAUCAACCAAAGAAGCUCCUACACAAGAGGCUACAGAAUUUCAAUCUUCACCACCUUUGGAGGCCCCUGCGCCUCCACCAGCUGAGGGGGUCCCUGCAGAGGAGGAAUCAGCUCAAGUUUAUUCUCCACCAGCUGAGGAGGCCCCUGCAGAAGAGGACCCAGCUGAAGUUCAUUCUCCACAAGUUGUGGAGAUCCCUGAAGAACAGGCCCCAGCUGAAGUUCAUUCUCCACCAGCUGAGGAGGCCUUUGUAGAAGAGAUCCCUGCUGAACUUCAGCUUCCACCAACUGAAGAAACUACUUCAGAAAUGGUCCCUGCUGAAAAACAGCCUCCAUCAUCUGAAGAGGCCACUAUUACUACACACAUCGUUAUAAAAUACUCUCCUGAAGAAGUUCAGCCUCCACCAUUUGAACAAACCCCUGCAGAUGAGGCUCUGGUAGAAAAUGUGUCUACUGAAUACUCAUCUUUGAAGACAAUAGAUGUCCCAGUGGCAAAAUCAGAAUCAGCGACAUUAAAAAAUAAAUCAAAAUCUAAAGCACCUUUAGCACUGGAUCCUGUUCCUGAAGAGUUGUCUAAUAUCGAGAAAGAAUAG